GCAAUUAUUAACAAAAAAAAAUAAAAUGUUUUUUGAUUUGCCUCUAAUAGUGAGUGUGCCUGGAUCUGUGAUUUUCCUUAUAGUGUUUUUGAUAGUGAAAUCACUGUUCGAUAAGAGGCAUAUUUUCAGGUUUGCCAGAGAUUAUCCCGGACACAAGUUUUAUCCCGUCAUUGGAAAUGGAUUUCACGUUAUUGGAAAAAAUUUUUUCGUUGCUGUCCAAGAUGUAAUCCACAAAUUUGGACAUCCUUGUAACUUAUGGCUUGGACAUGAGUAUAACUAUAUUACUGCGGACGCUGCCGAAGUCAAAGCGGUCUUAAACCAUCCCAAUACGUUUGAUAAAAUGAGUUUUUACGAUACUUUAAAGAUUGCGUUUAGACAUUCGAUACUUUUGGCUCCAGAUGAUAUUUGGAAAGGACGUAGGAGGUAUUUUGCCAAAAGCUUCAGUCAGCCUUUGCUCAAUACUUUUGUGCAUUUUUUUUACAAAAAGAGUGUUAUUCUGUUGGAUAUAUUGAAGGAUGCGGGUGAUAGGGAUGUUUUCGAAAUAUUUGAGCGGUAUACAUUCGAUAGCUUUUGUGAAAGUAUUAUUGGUUUCGACUAUGAUCUACAAGUGAAUCCUAAAAUAAAUUUAGUAGAAUGCAUAAGCGAGCUUCAAGCUAUGGGCGGAAAACGUAUGAUUACAAACUUUUAUUACCCAAUGUAUUUGUGGAUCUUUUCAAAAGAAGGCAGAAGAGCGUGGAAAUUGCUAAAAGAAGCCAGAUCAAUUGUGUAUAAAAUUUGCCAAGAAAAACGAAAAAUAUUUGCUGAAAACUCAGUUUGUUUGGAUAGCAAUUUACCUUUGCCCCUGCUGGACUCCAUGUUACAGUCUACGGGAGAGAAAUUCAGUGAUAAACUAAUCUUUGAGGAAAUGUUUUUGUUCACCACAGCAGCUACUGAUACUUCUGGUUACACCCUCACCUACUUUUUCACUAUGCUAGGAAUGCAUCCUCAAGUUCAGGAAAAAGUCUAUCAAGAAGUUAUGUCAGUUGUUGGCUGUGAUCGGCACAUAUAUUUUGAAGAUUUACCCUAUUUAAAAUACACUGAACGAGCCAUUUUGGAAACUAUGAGAAUUUUGCCUGUGACACCUUUUCUGGGUAGGAAAGCUAGUGCAGAUACAGAUAUUGGCACAAAACUAAUUCCUGAGGGUACCAACAUAUUUGUCAGCGUUUUCGAUUUGCAUCGUAAUGAAAAAUACUGGCCUGAACCAUUAAAAUACGAUCCAGAUAGAUUUUUACCUGAUGAGGUAGCUAAGAGAGAACCAUAUGCUUUUAUACCAUUUUCUGGAGGACCAAGAAAUUGCAUUGGUAAGACUUAUGCACUUAUGUUAAUGAAAACCUGCGCAGCCAAUGUGGUAAGAAACUAUGAAAUUUCAUCGCCCUACAAAUCUGUGACCGAUUUGAGGCUGAAAUCCUGCGUCACCAUGAAAACUAUACAUCCGUUGGAAUGUAAUUUUAAACCAAGAAUGCACGACUAGAAAGAGGAGAUAAAAAAACAAUAUUUAAGUAACAUUUUGUUUUUAAAAGAAUUACGAUUUUUUUAUACAGUAUUAUGAAAUGAUAUUUUACAAGGCUUAUUUUUUUUGCCAAUUGUACUGGGUGACAAGGCACAAAGUACCAUUCCUUGUAACUUAUUUAUGUACGAUCAAAAAUAAAAAAGUUACAGGGGGUGGUACUUUAUAGCUUGACACCCUGUACACUCUUGAUUUCAGUGUUCAACUGAAUUAGGGUGUUGAGCGGCUUCCUGUAAUCUUUGAGCUUCUCGUUCAGCUCCAAUUCUAGCGUGUUCGUCGGCAAUUUUCUGGAAAAGCGUGUAGUGUUUGUUUUUAGCAAAUUGCACUGCUUGGGAGUCUCUCGGAACACUUGCA